UAAACCUGGGUUCCCAGCGCUCGUGGAACUUUCUGGAGUUCCUUCCUCCGGCCCGCGGGGCCCGGCAGUGCGGAAGUGUCUGGCGGGAGCGGGGAUUGCUAAGGAGCUGUGCGGUCCUGGGCCAACUACGAAUUCCCAAGUUCGCGGGCCGCUGCCGCCUGUGAGGACAAUGAGGGCUUGGGAAUCGAGCCCCGUGCAGGAGCUGAGGUGGGAGCAGGAACCUCUCGGAACAAAGCCCUGCCCGGACCUCCUUUCUGCCGGCUCCUCUUUUGCGUCUUUGGGCGUCUGUCAUUGGCUCGGUUCCUCAGCCUGAGAUUCUGGAAACCCGCCGAGGAAGAAGUGCAGAACAAAGGUGCUUGGGCCUGCUCUGGGCAACCUCACAGUCCUUGGAUUUUUGUCUUUUUCACGUGAAGUCCAUGGCCUUGUAAUCCACCAAAUUGCAAGUGGAAGAGCUGUGUGCAAGUCCAGGCGUCUAUGCAGCCACGCAACCCAGGGAAAGUCCAAGGCUGGGGGUCUACCUGCAAGAUAGAAUGAAGAAUUAAGGAAGAAUACUGCUGCACAGCAGUGUGAAUCACAUUCCACUACCAUGAGGGCUGUGUGGCCGCUAAGAUGCUUCCUGUGCUCCCCUACUUCCUGGGACCAAUAGGGGCGGACGCUUCCGCAUCCGGGCAUUGGGCGAGACCCUUUCAACCAAUCUUUGGGCGGGCGCUGGUGACGUCACUCGUUGUGCUCCAGCGCGUGUCGUCAUCCCACAGCGCCGGAAGUGGUGCAGCUCUGAAGAGUCUUGGCUUGUCUGUCUCCACAGUCUCGAGGCUUUGCUCCAUCCUCGGGCUGUAGGCGUCUCGCUUUGCUCAAGCUCCCUUGGGCCGUUUUUCGGAGGCCCUCAGCCUCAUGAGUCCUGUCAUCAUCAUGUUUUACAGAGUAAUGAUGCGGAUGUGCUGGUUGGUGAGACAGGAUAACCAGCACCAACGAAUCAAACUUCCACAUUUGGAAGCAGUCAUGGUCGGGCGUGGCCCAGAGACCAAGAUCAUUGACAAGAAGUGUUCUCGACAGCAAGUACAGUUGAAAGCAGAAUGUAACAAAGGAUAUGUCAAGGUAAAGCAGGUAGGGGUCAAUCCCACCAGCAUUGACUCAGUCAUAAUUGGGAAGGACCAAGAGGCGAAGCUGCAGCCUGGCCAGGUUCUCCACAUGGUGAAUGAACUUUAUCCAUAUAUUGUAGAAUUUGAGGAAGAGGCAGAGAGCCCUGGCCUGGAAACACACAGGAAGAGAAAGAGGUCAGGCAACAGUGAUUCUAUAGAAAGGGAUGCUGCCCAGGAAGUUGAGUCCAGCACAGGACUGGAACCUGGGAGUGACUCUAGCCAAUGCUCUGUGCCUCUAAAAAAGGGGAAGGAUGCACCUACCAAAAAGGAAUCAUUGGGCCACUGGAGUCAAGGCUUGAAAAUUUCUAUGCAGGAUCCCAAAAUGCAGGUUUACAAAGAUGAGGAGGUGGUGGUGAUUAAGGAUAAAUACCCCAAGGCUCGUUACCACUGGCUGGUCUUACCAUGGGCUUCCGUUUCCAGUCUGAAGGCUGUGACUGGGGAACACCUUGAGCUCCUCAAACACAUGCACACUGUGGGGGAAAAGAUGAUUGCAGAUUUUGCUGGGUCCAGCAAACUCCGCUUCCGAUUGGGUUACCAUGCCAUUCCCAGCAUGAGCCAUGUACACCUUCAUGUGAUCAGCCAGGAUUUUGAUUCUCCUUGCCUUAAAAACAAAAAACAUUGGAAUUCUUUCAAUACAGAAUACUUCCUAGAAUCACAAGCUGUGAUAGAGAUGGUACAGCACGCUGGCAGAGUGAGUGUCCGAGAUGGGAUGCCUGAGCUCUUGAAGCUGCCUCUCCGUUGUCACGAGUGCCAGCAGCUGCUGCCUUCCAUUCCUCAGCUGAAAGAGCAUCUCAAGAGGCACUGGCCAAAGUGAUUCUUUGGAGCCUGAACUUUUGCAGCGGGUGUGGCUGUUUAGAAGGAAUUCCUGGAACCUGUUCUGGAUUGCUUGUGAACUUUUAUUUCUUGAAUUAAAACAUGCAGCCCUUUUUUUUUUUUUAAAGAAAGUUUCUGUUCCUGAGUGGCUACAAUAUGGGGUGACUUGAAGUAGUUCAGGAAUGGGGAAUUUGGGUUUGUCAUGAAUGUGUUCUCUGGUGAUGGUGGCUGGGACAGGUCUACCCCAGUCUCUAGGAUUCAUGUCAGGUCUGACUAAUGGAGAGCAAAGCUGUGUUCAGACUGACCUAAUGCAAGCUAUGGAAGCAGAGGGUGGGCUAUAUAUUUCUGUUCCAUACAUUUAAUCCUUCCUCUGCAGAGGCAUGUGGUACCCUUCAUCAGAGCAACUGGAGACGUCUUGUAUUUAUUCUGAAGGCACUAAUUGAUCUUGUUCCCUGAUGUUAAUCUGUUCUGUAAUAUUCUUUCUCUUUCCUUUCUUCGUGGAGAAACUUAGUUGUUUUGUCCCUUUCAUUCUUUUCUAUCCAAAACAGCCCCUGCUUCCGUCUUAGGAAAUGUGUCUCACUAGUUCUUACUCACUUUGAGGAAACAGGCUAUGUGAGGGGGUAGAGAGAUGGGGUUUUCUUUUAAUAUAAGGGUUCCUGGCUGGUAAGGAAAUACACAGCCAGAAGUUCAUUAUGGUUCAGCUGUCAAGUCUUCUUGCUGCUGCUGGGAUUUUUUGUCUAAAAACAAAGCUUAUUUGUUUGAGCAGCUCUCUUAGGUAAUUGAAAACUUGUGAGUUCAGGUGAUGGUUACAGAUUUUGUUCUGAUGCAUGCAGAGGUCACUGUUGACUGAAAAGUUGCACAGAACCUCAUAGCUUCAUUUUGUACACAGAACAAAUUUGGAUGGCAUUGUUAGAGCAAGUCGAUUUUUAGAUAAUGUCAGAACUGAAGGUAAAGAGAAAUCUAAAAUGUUUUUGAUUAUGUUGGUGACCUAUUUGAGAAUAUGACUCUUUUUGCUCUUGAGUUAAAAAAAAAAAGAAUACUCUUAAUAACUUUUUUUUUUUUGGGCUAUCUGGGUGGCUGCUGGUUAAGCAGCUGCCUUCAGCUCAGGUCUUAAUUUCAGGGUCCCCUUGUUGGACUCUCUGUACAGCAGGGGGUCUAUUUUUCCCCUCUCACUCUGCCCCCUUCCUGCUCAUGCUGUCUCUCUCAAAUAAAUAAAUGGAAUCUUUGACCAAAAAAUAAUAAUUUCUCUCUGGAGAAAACCUCAAUCCAUAGAGACCACAUUUGACCUCAGUCUUUUACAAACAAGAUGCUUCAGUGGUUUCUUGAUGAGCAUAGAUAUAGUCAUAAUUAGCAGUAAUUAAUGAUUACAGCAGGUAACAUGCUCAACUCCUGUGUGUCUGGGCAUUUUGCUAAAUGCUUUGUUCAAAUCUCAUUUAUUUCUCACUGUGUGUAAUUCUAUGGGGUAGGUACCAUUGUUACGAUCCUUUAAAGGAUAAGAAUAAAAAAAUUAAAAAGAGAUAAGAAUAAUCUGUAAAGGUUGCAGGGCUUCAAAGUUGGUCUUGGUUCUGGUGCAUCAGUCUCAGUUUCCCUGUUAGUUGAAGAAUAUAAAUGUAUUACUAACCAGGAGGAGCCAUAGACCCCCUAGGAGCUUUUGGCCUGGGCUUACCAAAUGUUCUCCAUGGCAUUUCAGUGAUUUCUCUGAGGACAAUCAGUUCCUUUAAAGUCCCUUUUCCACAUCUGGUGCCUUAAAGGCCCUAGAAACCUUAGAAUACUUUCUAAAGGUAUAAUCCAUGGAUGCCUGAUACCAAAAUUGCUAGUUCCUUUUACAACAUGUAAACACCUGGUCUCUACCCUAGACUACUGGGGCCUAUGAAUCUGUAUUAUAAAGCAAACAUUCAGGGGAGGCUUGGGUGGCUCAGUUAGUUAAGUGCCCGACUCUUGAUUUUGGCUUGGAUUAUGAUCUCAAGAUUGUGAGAUUGAGCCCUGAGUUGGGCUCUGGGCUGAGCACGGAGCCUGCUUGGGAUUCUCUCCUUCCCUCUCCUCCUCUCCUGGUUCAAGCGCCUGCAGGCACGCUCUCUCUCUCUUGUCUCUCUCCUAUAAAAAAAAAACAGGAUACUGUUACACAUACUAAAAUUUGAGAACCGCAAUAUUAAAUGAACUCUGGGCUUUUCAAAGCAUCUUGCAUUUCUGAAACUCUCGUAUUACACUGUGUCCUAUGAAGAUACACACCAUCUUCUGGUUGGUUUUCUGGGCUAGUUGCAGGCCUUCUCCCCUUUGCAGGGUCAGUUUUAUUUCAUAAUACAGGGAGACGUUGGGCAUUAGGUAAGGGAGAAUGCCUGCUUAUAGGGAGUGGCUCUUUGUUUCUACAGGGAUUGGAGGGAGACCCUCGGAUCCUGUGCUUUUAGGGGCAAGGCCUAGAGCUGAUGACUGUCCCUCUUCAAUGGCUCACAUCCCCUCCUCCUGCUCAGAGGGCAGUCCCAGAGGUGUGGCUUGGGAUCUGCAACGAAUUCACCUAGUUCCAGAGCAUAUGUAUUUUUUUUUUUUUCCUCUUCUGGGUCUGUGUCUGAAAUAACCAGGUACAAAUGGUCCUUUCAUGGACCAGACUAUAGUUGAGAUGGUCACUAAGAGUCCUGGCAGGUUCAGGGUUUCCUGGAGCCUGGCAUCCGGUUGUCAAUCACAUAGACUAGAUAUGGCUGGAUAUCAGAAAUUCAGGGCUGAUCUCUGUCAGAAUUGCCCUAAUUGCCUCUCUCUCUAUCCCAGUAAUCCCAGUAACUAUAACUUGGAGAUUUCCACAGAACUCUGAAGAUUCUUCCAUAGACUAGAUUAAAAAUAAUAUGAUGAAAGCCAUGAAGUUUACUCCCUAGAAUAAUGUAUAUAUACAAAUUUUAUGUACCCUUGAAGUGCUUCCAUAGGCUCCCCAGGGGUCUGUGGACACCAACUUAAGAACCUCUGCUGUGGAGAAAAAGGUUGUCACCAUGUGUCUGGGAUUUUGGGAGGUGUCUGGGAUCACUAUGGAGUACUAGGGGAGAGACCUCAUCUCUAGGAUGUCCCUGAGAUGCUCUCCUUUGAUCUCAGUGCUCCUCCCUCAACUCUUUUGGCAAUGCACAUCCUGGGGGCUUCUGGCUUCUGAGUUCAGUUAAGCCACCACAAUGAGACAGGAAUCUUGGGAGAUAGAGAAAUCCUCAGCAGAUCUGAGGGAUUCAGGAACCCUGGCUGACAGACCAUGAACUAUCUAAAAGGCAGUGAAGCUACACUACUAAAACCAGUCAUCUGCAUAAAUAGAUCAGCUAUAUUGUGAAUGUUUCCCAGGAUAGUGGGAGUGGCAGUAUCUCUUGGAUACAAUAUGUUAAUAGUACAAACUGUGCUGGACUCCAUAAGUAAUCUCUGACUAAGGCAGAUAUUUCUUAGAGGCCUCAGCCAAUGUACUUGAGAAUUGCAGAACAUUUAGCUAAACUUCAGGUAUGGUGCCCAGUGAACUUUUAAAAUAGGUAUUGUAAAAAACAUUCAAUUUCAUUUUCCACCUAAACAACGAUGCUAUAUAGUUUAGCAUAUUGAUACUAAACCAAAAAUGAGAAUAUCUAAAAAAAAAAAAGAAUAUCUGAAAAACUGCAACCAAAGAGAAACUAUAUUAGUGUAAUAUGUGAGAUAUAAUGAAGAGAAGUUUGGAAGAGUAAGGUGACCAUCUCUACAUUUUUUGUUCAGCCAGGCUAUUCUGUGAUCUUGAAUAAUAGAAUUUUUAGAAGAGCAAAUGUGAAUAAUGACUUCAACGGGCCAGAAAAAGGGUAUGAAAUAUUGACAUAUACAGACCCAUGCCACUCCCUCUCCCAAGCGUGCUAUUGUUACAUUAUUACUAGAAAAAAAAUGAUUCUUUGCCUAUUUAUCCC